AUGGCCGUCAUCGACCAACAUGACAACUUUUCCAACGUCUCGUGGCAUAGCGACAGACACGAUCCGGCCGAUUUGACUGCCUCUAGCUCAUCGAAUCCCGUAUUUGAUGAUUCUGAACCAGUCGGCGCACACCAUCCAGAGAUGGAGGAAGAUCCAGAGAGGAUAGACCCCGGCUUGUCCGGCGACAUCCUCAAUUGCACUGUCACAGAGCCGCGCAAGGAAAGCGAUGGCACAAAAGAUGCCUUUGUAUCAUACCUUGUCACAACUAACUCAACCUUUCCGUCCUUCCAGAAAUCUCACUUCACUUCGCGCCGGCGCUUUACCGAUUUUGUAUUUCUGUACAAGUCUUUGUCCAAGGACUACCCAGCAUGUGCCGUGCCGCCCCUGCCCGACAAGCAACGAAUGGAAUAUGUGCGCGGAGAUCGAUUCGGUCCCGACUUCACACAUCGCCGGGCUUUUUCGCUGCAGAGAUUCCUUACACGACUAGGCGCACAUCCUAUUUUGCGCCGGGCACCCAUCCUGCACACCUUUCUCGAAAGCCCAGACUGGAAUGCGACCAUGAAGAGCCGCUCCGCCCGAGGCAGCGUUAAUGUCGAGCCUGGCAGCGGGGGCGUAUUCGACAACUUCGCUGACACCUUUAUCAAUGCCUUCACCAAGGUUCACAAGGCCGACAAGCGCUUUAUUGAGGUCCGUGAGCGCGCUGAUAAGCUCGACGAUGAUCUGGGCCACGUUGAAAAGGUCGUCGCCCGUGUCGUGCGUCGAGAGGCCGAUCUCGAGACCGAUAUGCGAGAUCUAGCCGAGCAGUUCCAGAAGCUCAUCACCCUCGAGCCUGGCGUUGAAAGCGCUGUCCAUGCCUUUGCCGCCAGCGUGGAGGAUGCCAGUACGGGACUGAGGAGGCUGAAGGACCAUACUGACCAGGAUUACCUGGGCAGCUUGCGGGAUAUGAGCGCUUACAGCAUGGCACUUAAGAAUCUCUUGAAAGCACGGGAACAGAAGCAGCUGGAUCACGAGCAGUUGACAGAGUAUCUCAACAAGUCGACUCUGGAGCGAGAUGGACUAGCCUCGGGCUACGGCUCUUCAGGUGCUGGUGGUUUUAUUCGAAGCAAGAUCGAGGAUGUGCGGGGCGUCGACCAUGAGGCGUCGCGGAGGGAGCGCCUGCGCAAGCUCGAAAUUCGUAUCGACGAACUCACAACUGAGGCGGAGCGUGCCAAGAAGACCAGCGAAAUGUUUGACGAGGAGGUCGUAAAGGAGGUCGUUGACUUUGAGCGUAUCAAGAGGAUCGAAAUGAAGAAGCAGUUUGGCGGCCUGGCUGAUUCUCACGUCGAGUUUUAUGGCGGCCUAAUUGAGAUCUGGGAGCGAUACGUCAAGGAGAUGGACGGGCAGCUGAGCCCAUCGUAA